AUUUGGAAGGGCAGGACCAACACCGUCAUUUUCUGACAGCCCGUCGGUUUCUUCACCCUAGGACUUUCUCCGCGCUCCGAUUUUAGUUGUCUUCGUUUACACAGCAAGCUUUUUUAGUUCUUCAACCAAACAAGGAGGAAUCUCGAGUUCAAGUGUCUCCCCGCUCUCAAACAUCCACAAGCCUCUCAAACAGCACAAAAUGGCGGGAUUGCCGAAGAGAAUCGUGAAGGAGACAGAACGGCUUUUGUCAGAUCCAGUUCCUGGCAUCAACGCUGUCCCUCACGACGACAAUCUGCGCUAUUUCGAUGUCAGCAUCCAUGGCCCGACAUCAUCGCCAUAUGAAGGUGGCAUCUUCCGCCUCGAGCUAUUUUUACCUGAAGAUUAUCCGAUGGUUCCUCCCAAAAUCCGGUUCCUGACCAAAAUCUACCACCCCAAUAUUGAUCGUCUCGGGCGGAUUUGUUUGGAUGUUUUGAAGAGCAACUGGUCUCCAGCCCUUCAGAUCCGUACCAUAUUACUAUCUAUUCAAGCUCUGUUAGGGGCCCCCAACCCUGACGAUCCCCUUGCAAACGAUGUUGCGCAGCGCUGGAAGGAGGACGAAGCGGCGGCAAUCAAGACGGCAAAGGAAUGGACCAUAACCCAUGCAAUGACUUAGGCAAUCCGGAUACGCCAUUUAUCUGCCGUGCGAAUGACCAUCGACGACAUCAUGAUGAGACCAUGAGAAAAACAUUCGACUUUGGUGUACCCUGCAUUGAUUUGUUGGGUCAUUUUAUAUUCUAGAAAUUUAGCCCUGUUUCUUCCGUGGAGGGAAAGAGCCGUGUGUCAUUGAAUACAUUUGCAUUUCAUUCUAAUCCUGGCAUGCCGCAUUUCAGCUUCCUGCGCUACUUGCAACCAUGAAUUACUAUUCAAGACUUAUUAGAAAUUUCUUAAAUAGAAUUGCUUACAU